GGAUGAGUAACCAAACGUUUCCUUGGUAUCUGUUUGGCAGCAAAAGGAGUCUACGUUUUGCGUCAAAGCUGCUUUUCUCUGCUCUACUUUUGGCCUGGGCAUUUCUUUUCAAGUAUCAUCACUUACCUUCUUCUUUCCCAUCAAUUCCCGUUUCUCUCUGCUCGCCAGAAACGGAAGAUCAAAAUGGGGAGGAGUAGAUCGUCAACAUCGUCAAGCAAGUGGAGGUAUUGUAAUCCAUCUUAUUAUCUCAAGAGACCGAAGCGCUUGGCUUUGCUUUUUAUCGCCUUUGUUUGUGCUUCUUUGCUCAUUUGGGAUCGUCAGACUCUCGUCAGAGAACACGAGGUGGAAGUUUCCAAACUGAAUGAAGAAGUGAACAACUUAAAAGCGACGCUAGAAGAGUUAAAGAAUAUUCAUGGAGAUGCAAUUAAAGUGAUUAGUAAUAAAUCUAACAAGCCUUCCCAAAAGGCUGUUCCUGACGAUCCAAUUGACAUUCAACGGAGAGAGAAAGUAAAAGAAGCUAUGAUUCAUGCGUGGAGUUCGUAUGAGACGUAUGCAUGGGGCCAUGAUGAACUUCAGCCACAGUCAAAGAAUGGCGUCGAUAGUUUUGGUGGUCUUGGAGCAACUCUAGUUGACUCUCUUGACACCUUAUUUAUAAUGGGUCUGGAUGAGCAAUUCCAAAGAGCCAGAGAGUGGGUUGCAAAUUCAUUGGACUUUAACAAGGAUUAUGAUGCUAGUGUCUUUGAGACAACCAUAAGAGUUGUUGGUGGACUACUUAGUGCGUACGAUCUUUCAGGGGACAAAGUUUUCCUGGAGAAGGCCAAAGACAUCGCGGAUAGAUUGCUGCCUGCAUGGAAUACGCAGACUGGGAUCCCUUAUAACAUCAUUAACUUGGUGCACGGCAAUGCACAUAACCCUGGAUGGACUGGUGGCGAUAGUAUCCUUGCAGAUUCUGGCACAGAACAACUUGAAUUUAUUGCUCUUUCCCAAAGGACGGGAGACCCAAAGUAUCAGCUGAAGGUGGAGAAGGUUAUAACUGAGAUCAAUAAAACCUUUCCUGCUGAUGGUUUGCUUCCAAUCUAUAUUAGUCCUGAUACUGGAACUGGGUCAUACUCAACCAUAACUUUUGGUGCCAUGGGUGACAGCUUUUAUGAGUAUUUGCUCAAAGUUUGGAUUCAAGGAAACAAAACUUCAUCCGUGAGACACUAUAGAGAAAUGUGGGAGAAAUCGAUGAAAGGCCUAUUGAGCUUAGUUAGGAAAACCACACCAUCAUCUUUCACAUACAUUUGUGAGAAGAGUGGAGAGACACUGGCUGACAAGAUGGAUGAAUUAGCAUGCUUUGCUCCAGGAAUGCUAGCUUUAGGAUCUUCUGGUUAUGGGCCUGCUGACUCCGAGAAAUUUCUUUCGCUUGCAAAGGAGCUUGCUUGGACUUGCUACAAUUUCUACCAAUCAACACCAACUAAAUUGGCUGGAGAGAAUUAUUUUUUCCACUCUGGCGAGGACAUGACUGUGGGUACAUCAUGGAACAUAUUGAGACCAGAAACAAUUGAAUCACUCUUCUAUCUGUGGCGUUUCACUGGCAAUAAGACAUAUCAGGAGUGGGGUUGGAAUAUAUUCCAAGCAUUUGAAAAGAACUCACGUGUUGAGGCUGGAUACGUUGGACUGAAGGAUGUGACUACAGGUGUCAAAGACAAUAUGAUGCAAAGCUUUUUCCUUGCAGAGACACUUAAGUAUCUCUAUCUUCUUUUCUCACCGCCUUCAGUCAUCCCAUUAGACGAGUGGGUUUUCAACACAGAAGCCCAUCCUCUCAGAAUCGUGACUCGACACGAUGCGGACACUUCUGGGCUGCAAUUAGAGAAAAAACAAACUAGUAGGAUUCAUGGCAGGAAAGGAGGUCAGUUUGCUGAUCAUUAGGAUUCAUUUCCUGUGUGAUGUUUUGAAGCCUUGAUUUUAUCUCCAUGAAAAUAUAGAAAGUUAUUAAUAUCAGAAAAAAUUGGUUGAAGGCCUCGUGGAAUGAAUGCUGUUCCCAUUGAGUAAUAAUGUGGUGCAACAAAAUUUUCCAUUCCAGGCUGCUAGAAAUUGUUGUAGUCUAUACACAUGGAUAUGUAGGCAUAGAGUGUAGCUAAUUCCUAUAUAGGACUAGUUUACCUUUUUACCCUUGAACUAAUUUAGCAGCUUGAGAUUUUAUCUCAUAUUUACACGCUUUGACAAUUCAGACAUGAAUUUUAUUUUUUUUAAAAUAACAUUAUAGUAUUCUUGCUGUUAAUUUGUUGUCGCUUUGGUUUUA